CCAUACAACUUUGGACAAUAAUAUCCUCUUGAAUUGAGUAAAGUUGUGAAUUUUAUUGAAUACGAAAAUGGCUUUGAUAACAGUUCUAAAUUUGAUCAUGCUGUCGUGGAUGAAGAUUCUUCAUUUAUAUUUAAGAUAUUUAAAUAUCUGCGGAGAUGGUGUUCGACGAUGGUGGGUAAAACCACACAUCAAAGAUGAAAUGAGAGAUAUAUUUGGUGCUUACGAAGCGUUAUUUUUAUAUUUUUUUCAAAAUGAUCACGACGAGUUUUUAAAAAUGGUGCGCAUGACACCAAAUGAUUUUGAGGAUUUGCAUGACAUCGUGGGUCUGCGAUUAAAGAAAUUUAGCAUUAGACGUCCAUUGCCUUCCAGAUUGCGACUGGCUUUGACUUUAAAGCUGUCGCAUGCUCGUAAUUGUAUUGAAGAUGCCUUCGGUAUUUUAUGUGCAAUGUGGCAAAUUUUGAACAAUAAAUUAUGUUUCAAAUUAGAAACAUCGAUUGCCAUUGUACUUGCGACUGUGUGUCUUCACAAUUUCGUCCUGAACAAAAAGUUAGAAAGGGGAGAAUCUAUUGAAUUGAGUAGUCAUAAAAAUCCAGUUACGCGAAACAGUCCACAAGUUAAAAAUUAUUAUCAUGAGGGUGCAAUUCCUGUUACUGGUUUGCAACAACGGGAAAUACUGGCAAAUUAUUUUCAGUCGACUGCUGGUGCAAUUGUUUAAUUCGUUCACUUCUAUAAAAAAUCUUCGUAUUUCACAAACACAAUAAUUAUUACAUGAAUUCGAUGAAAAUUUUCAGUGACGCUGAUUUAUCAAAUCAUAUCUCAGAAUAAUGCCCUGGAUAGAAACAGUCGGAGUAAUUUUGACAAUGACUACGAAAUUUUUUUAAUCAUUAAUCGAUCUUUAAACUAGAAGUUUAAAUAUUUCACGUGAAUGCAAGAUACGAUUUGUGAGUACUUUCAGUACUUUACUUCAAUAAUGAAGCUGUCGUUGAAAGAAUUUGUGUUUGUGGAGAUUUCCCAGAAUUAUUGUAAUUAUUGUCUGUUUCUAAGCGCCAGAGAAUUUUAGACCGAGUUUGGAUGCAAAUUUUGGAAUUUGUUCAUCAAUGUCCGAUAUCCACUUACCAAACAAUCGACAUUAAUAAACAAUAUCAUCUUUUCGUUUGUAAAAUUGAUCCAGAAAUUUUUAUUGAUACUCUUUCAUAAAAGGACAUUGUAGUAAUUGAAUUAAUUUGAGAGAAAUGACUUGAUCCAUCAGUAUUAACAUUUUGAACAAUUUGCGGGAUUAAGAUCUGGUUUUCCUAAAUUUUCUUAUCAUCACUAACUGAUACCGACGAUUCUACUGAUAUAUUCAAUUCGAGAAAUUUCAUGUAUAAAAAAAUGAACGUCAGAAGCUUAAAUUCCAUGGACAAAACACAGUUUAUUCCUUCCAUAGAAAUCAACUACCGCUAUGAUGUGUAUUAGGCGUACAAUCCGCGUUCUCCAAGAAUCAUCAACAAGGGUAUUCAACACCAAAUUUGAAAAUAAUAAAUCCUGAAAAUCCAUCUCCGUCAACUUCUACCGCUUUUCAGUCGAAUACAAUUAUGAACAGGAAUCAUCAACAAGAGAAUCUAACACCAAAUUUGAAAAUGAUAAAUUCUGAAAUUCCAUUUCCGUCAACUUCUUCCAUUUUUCAGUUCUACAAUACUAAAGAAGUAUCAAAUGACCUAACAAGAGAAGGCCCCUAUUCUCAAAUAAAUGGACCUGUCGCAAAAGAAAUAAGAGCAACACCGUCAGAUUCGUUAACAAAUUAUCACAUUGAAAAUGUUCAAAUUCAAAAUUUGAUCACUAAGGGUAGAUUUGACUUAAUGGAAUUGACAACUUCAACUUUUCCAAGUCUAAAUGCAAAAGGAGACAGCAUGCGAUCUUUUGGCGAAGAAAUAUAUGAACCAGAACCAAUCGAUACGUUCGAGGAAGAGGUGCUUGCAACUGAUACAAUUGAUUUGACAAGGAAUACCUCUUUUCAAAGUGAUUCCGAAGCAGUACCCAGUAAAAAAAAACUAAUUCAAAUGAAUUGAAACGAAUUAACAUUUUUGGUAGGCUCCAAUUCGUAUUUGUCACAAAGCGGGAUUCACUCAAGCUCUUUGUAUAUUCAAUUGAAU